CCCAGCAGCAGCAGCAGCAGCAGCAGCACAGCAGCAGUAGCAGUAACUAACGAAGUCUGGGCAAAAGACGUUUCUUCAACAGCAUCUUAUUUCUGGAUAUGCCCGGACGCCUCUCUCAAGCAUGCUGAGCAGGAAGGGGUCUUGUGCAGGGAUGAUGACCGCUGCUGCAGCGGGAAUAGACCGCAGCAGGGUCGGGGAGAGGCUGCAGGCUGCUCUGGCCGGGCUGCAGGAGCUGCAUCUGCUGAAGGACAGACAGAGCGACAUGGUGAGCUGGGCGCUGCUGAUGGACCGAGAGGAGCCGGCCACUGCUGUCCACGCAGGCCCGGAGAGUCCCAGGAUGAUGGGGGCUGAGGAACAGCGGCUGGAGGCGACCCUGACAACCCUGAAGCAACAGCUGUCUCGUCUUCGGAAACAGGAUGUAGGCCUGAAGACUCACUUGCAGCAGCUGGAUCAACAGAUCAGUGAGCUGAAGCUGGAUGUGAGCAAGGCCUCCACAGAGCAGUUGGAGAGUGACAGCAGGCCAAGUUCAGGCUUCUACGAGCUCAGUGAUGGCGGCUCUUGCUCGUUGUCCAACUCCUGCACCUCUGUGUACAGCGAGUGCCUGUCAUCUUCCCAGACAAGCCUUCUCCUCCUUCCCACGAGCCCUGCUAAUUCCCACAUCAGCCCGCCAUCACACCUAGACGUAUGCCGCCGGCGUUCUACUGACGAGAGCACUACCCAGCCCAACCCUCCGCGGGCCACAGGCCUCCACCUGGGCAGCAGCAGGAUCCGAGCAAGCAGCGAAAAGGCGCGACCAAGACCUGUGUCAACAGGUGAUCUUGAUAGGAUGAUGGCUCAAGGGCCAAGCUACUGCAAAUCUGUUGAUGCAAAGAAACCCUCAAUGUGCUCAAACCUGAAGACCACCACAGUGGACGCCAAGUUCCACAGCAACCUGGUGUCCCGCAGUGGGACGGAAGUGUACCACUACCCCAGCCCCCUGCACGCUGUGGCUCUCCAGAGCCCAAUCUUUUUCCAUGGUGGUGACCCAGCCACACCUGGACUAGGACCCCCUAUGAACAGUUCUGACACCCUCCAAGGAGCACAAAUGGGCUAUGAGACCAGGACUCCGGGUUACAUUGACAAGCUCCUCCUGCGCAGCUUGAACAAAAUCCAGAGUGAAACGAGCACGGAGACUGUGUUUUCUGACAUGUCUCAGAAAGAGGUGUCUGUGCUGCAGGCUCUUCCAGCCCAGACCACAAACAUUAUCCCACUUGAUAGCGACCCAAAGAGACACUGCAUGACAUUCUCCAGCCAAGAGCAAGCUGAUAACGCAAACCACAAUCAGUCAGUGAGAGCUCCGGAGGUUUCAUACCGCUACUCCUAUCCUGCUGUCAUGAGGGAGUACAGCUCUGAUGAGGUCACCACUUUAUCCAUGAGAAAGAAUGAUAAAGGUGAAUAUGCUAGUGUAGCAAAAGGCAAUUCAAAGAAUAUAUGUGGGGAUCAUCCAGAGUCAGUGCCACAAGAGAGGAAGGGCAAUAGGCAAAGACCGGUGAUGCCCCACAGCUCCAGCACAGAGGAGAGUCAAAGCUUUGAGGUCCAUGCUGGUCACAGAGCUUCCCCUGAGUUUGUUCAUGCCAAAUUUGUCCCUGCUGGAUCUCAGAGGGUCAAAGUGAGACAGGCAGACCGUAAAACCAAAGCCGUGAAACUGAGAAGAAAAAGCAGCGAGAAACCUCGAGCAAUGAGGCAGCAACAUGGCUACUCCUCGGGGGAAAGGACCAGAGAGGCUAGUGGCGGAACCGAGGGGGAACAGAGAAGAUCAGGAAAAGGAAAAGUGACCCAAAAAUGUACCACCUGUCACACAGAGGAGCGCAGACAGGGCUCAGGCUCAGACUCCAGCCACUGUAGCCCUGGACUCAUGUACACCCACAAGGCCCAUCCCAAGCCACAUCCCAUCCCUGUUGUUACGAAGUCAAGCAAAAGCCGCAGACUGCAGUGCCUGGAGCAUGAGCAGCCCGUAGAGCAGAGGAAAAGGAGGGAGGGGGCCGCCAAAUGGCCGUCCGAUGUGGAGAUGUUCCAUAUCUCAUGUGCUCAGCGUCAGAGGUCCAAAGAGCGCCAUGUUCAGGCACCAGAGAGCAUGCAGAUGGUCCGCAGUAUGAGUGCCAAGUCAGGCCAGUGGAUAGGACCUCCUCGCUCCUUCCAAUCCUCCACGUCCUCUAACUCUUUCUUCCAAAAUCUGAAUGCCAGAUACCCUCCAGCAGCCUUCCACAUGUCCAGCAACUACCCACCCAGAUGUGAGUCUGAGUACUCGGCCGAAUGCGCCUCCCUGUUUCACUCCACCAUUGCUGAAAGCAGCGAGGGGGAGAUGAGUGAUAACACCACCAACCGCUUCGGAGACAGUGAGUCCAGCCAGAGCUUCCAGUCCUUCUCGGACUCUGACAGCAGCCUUUCCCUGGAUGAGGAGGACCAGGUGGACGGCCAAGAGGAGAGAGGGUUGGUGUGGGCUCAGGCUGCUCUGGGGCCCACCGCAGCUGGACAGCCCCUCCAGCAGCUCCCACGCCCGGAGCCAUCAGCCUGCCGCAUCAAAGCCUCCCGAGCCCUGAAGAAGAAGAUUCGUCGAUUCCAGCCGGCCUCCCUUAAGGUCAUGACCCUUGUGUAGCAAAGUUCCCCCUGGGCAAAGUGUGAACUUUUGGGAAAACACAGAGAGCUGUGGUCUUUGAGCUCAACACACUUAAUCAUCAUUGAAAAGCAGCAAUUAAACUGGACUGCAUUUGUCACUGAUUGUUUUGUUAAACUAAAAGAAAAUGGCAAGAACUUACAAUGGUUGAACCUGAAACUGUAAAAAUGGUGCAUCGUACAAAAGCAUGUAUAAGACAAUUAUUACACUGACACUUAAUUUGUAAAUAUUUAUGUUGCAAUUGAAGUUUAUCAUAGCAUGUGGCUGCAUUUGACAA